AUGCGUUACUCCAUCGCCGCCUCCGGCCUUCUUGGCCUUACUGCCGCCCUUCCCCAGAAGAUCAACAUUGAUGCUGCCCUGGCUGUCCCCACUCCCACAAUCUUGGGACCCAAAAUAGAGGAGACGAAGCCUGCUGCGAUUUCAUACAACCCCGCUGCCGCUGCUUCUGCUGUUGCCGCUAUCGUUAAGAGCGAGGGGGCCAUUGAGAAGCGUGGCGUAUACGACGUAACCAUCGAGGCAAUCAUCGAGGAUCGUAAUGCAACGAUGAGGAAGCGUAACGCGUGUGAUUUACAGCCUCUUGGUAAUGGCCCUUCUGUCUCGCCUGAUAAUGCCGCGGCAUUCUCCUCAGCUACCGAGUUGAGUAGGAUCGCUCGUACUGCUGGCACUCCGUCCGGUUACCAGCAGUCGUUCAUGGAUCAGAGCGGAAGCUCCCAGCAGAUUGGCUAUUUGACCUAUAAGACUUACCAGACUUAUGAUGUUCAGGGCUGUGCGGAUGCCUGCGACAGCGAGAAGUACUGCCUUGGAUUCAACAUCUUCUUUGAACGCGACCCAUCUCUUGAGCCUGGGCCCAAUUGCCCCGACCCUCCUUCCACUACCAACAUCAAAUGCUCUCUCUAUGGGUACCCUGUCGCACUCAAGGCUGCCACCAACAUGGGCCAGUGGCGUCAAGACUUCCAAGUCGUGAUUGCUGGUAGUAACGGUUACAGCAAGUCCAACAAGGGUCUUCCCACAGUAAUGGACUUCAAGGCCCCGACAAGCCUCCCAGCAACCAUCAACGCGCCUCUUGACAAUGGCUACGAUACCUACAGCGGCAUGCGCCUUUUCAACGAUAACCCAUUCGACCCUGCUCUCUGUGCUGCUGCGUGUGAAUCCCAGACAGCAUACGACAUGGCCCAUCCUGACUCUGAUGGCAAGUACAAGCCUUGCAACUUCUUCACCACGUACAUCCUUACUCAGAAUGGGGUCCCUCUUGGAACCUACUGCGCCUUUUACACACGCUCCUGGGAUUCCAGCUACGCCACAAACACUGGCUAUUAUUACGGCGAAGACAAGUACGAGGUAAUCAACGCUGGCUCUUACGAGAUCACUAGCCCUAGCACUGGUGUCAUUUCCAGUCCUUCGUCAUCAUCAAGCGUCAUUGUCAGUAGCUCGACUAGUGUCUCUUCUGUUCUGCCGAGCACUACCUUGGUCUCCUCAACUUCAUCAGCAACACCGUCUCCAACAUUUGCCCCAUUUCCUGAAGGUGUCAAUGUGUUGUUGAACCCAGGAUUUGAGACCGUUUCAAAUUCUGGACCUAGCACUUCGAUAACCAAUUGGUCGGGCACAGGUGGUGGUCGCGUCUAUCCCGUCAAGUACCAGCCGGCUGCCCACGGCGGAUCAGCCUACGCAAUCUUGCAGUAUGCUGGCAGCUUCAACAAUCCCACGCCAGUGAUGUCGCAAUCGCUUACAGCUUUCGACACAAGCAAAGCCUAUUCCCUUACAUUCUACUACGAUCUUCACUCAAUAGAUCCAAGCUCCAGCUGCACUCUUUCUGUGGCUUUAGGCGACGUGAAUAUCUACACCAAGGUCCUUACUUCCAACGAUGACCCAAGGCCUUACAAUUGGAAAGGCCCAAUCACCACAAAUCCCGUGAUUCCCUCUUCGCAUCAGGAAGCUCUAUCGUUCCGAUACGAAUGCACAACCUCCGGAAAUCAACUCAAUUCCUACAGCUAUAUUUUCCUUGACGAUCUCAACUUAAGAUCAAUCUAA